AUGGCUCUGCCGACGAUCAAGAGCAAGGCAUUCCCCUACCGGAGGGGCUCCAAUGCGUCCGAAAAUGACUUCUUCGACAUCCCCGACGAGCCCCUGGUGGCCAUGUUCAAGCGCCAGUUGCGGCGUGUCCGCACCUGGGUGAUCCUCGCACUGUUCAUCAUGUUUAUGAUGUGGCAUCGUCGCGCAAAGCCGUCGCCGUCUCUGCUCCCACAUGUUCAUUACGACGAAGUCGAUUGGUCGCGAUUUGCCUAUACUACGUACGCGACUUCCGAGACGUAUCUGUGCAAUGCCGUGAUGGUCUUGGAGGCCCUGCAUCGGUUCGGGUCUCGGGCGGAGCGCGUGCUAUUCUAUCCGCAGGAAUGGGAUCUGGUUGUGGAGAAUGAUUUUGACCGCAUUAGCCAGCUGCUCAUUAUGGCGAAAGAUGACUACAAUGUGGUGCUGCGUCCGGUGGCUAUCGAGGGGAUCAAGACGGGCGGAGAAGGAGCCUCCCAGGCCUCCUGGGAUACCAGCACCGCCAAGUUGUCUGCCUUUGGCAUCGUCGAGUAUGAUCGCGUCAUCCACCUCGACUCCGAUAUUACACUCCUGCAGCACAUGGACGAGCUAUUCUUCCUGCCUGCCACCGCCAUUGCCAUGCCCCGCGCAUAUUGGUUAUUGCCGCAUACCAAGACCCUCUCUUCACUAUUGGCUGUCAUCGAACCGUCUUACCGCGAGUACGCUGCCCUGUCCAGUUUUAUCAAGCCGGCCCAGGCUGGCCAGAUCGAGCUGAACUUGACCGAUACCCGGUACGAUAUGGAAUUGUUAAAUGACCGGUACGGUGACAAUGCAUUGGUACUUCCCCAUCGACCCUACGGUCUUAUCUCGGGGGAGUUCCGCACCAAGAAUCACCGGAAGUACCUAGGCAACGACCACGAAGUAUGGAAUCCCGACCUGGCUCUGUCUGAAGCGAAAUUGGUGCACUUUUCUGACUGGCCGCUGCCCAAACCUUGGGUCAUGUGGCCACAGGAAAUUCUAGCGAAGGUGCAGCCCGUCUGUGACAAGGAGCCGGGGACACCGAAUGAGAGCGGGUGCCGUGACCGAGAGGAUAUCUGUAAGCUAUUAAGUUAUCCCGCCCCCGUGUAA